AUGACCUUCAAAGUCGCCAUAAUAGGCGCCGGACCAGCAGGCUGCAUGCUGGGUCGCCUUCUCCACCAAGUCAACAUACCCGUCAACAUAUUCGAAGGCGAGACAGCACCAGAUGACCGAUCCCAAGGCGGAUCUCUAGACCUUCACGAAAAGACCGGUCUCGCAGCCAUUCGAGAUGCAGGUCUAUGGAACCAGUUCAUCAAAAAUGCCCGAUACGACAGCCAGGCACUCGCCCUACUGGACAAGAACGCCCACACAUGGUUCAGCCUUGGUUCAUCUCGACCCGUCCUCUCCAAACCUGAGAUAGACCGUAUUCACCUCCGUCGCAUCUUGUACGAGUCACUUCCAAAGGACACUAUCCGCUGGGGCCAUCGCCUCCAGCGCAUCGACCAAGACACUCUCAUUUUCGAAGACACCACCAUAUCAGGCUUUGAUCUCAUUGUCGGCGCCGAUGGAGCCUGGAGCAAAGUCCGCCCGACAGUUACUUCCAUCACGCCUGUAUAUUCCGGCGUCGGAGGGCAUCAGCUCAAGAUCCCAGAUGCUGAAAACACAGCACCAGAAGUGUAUAAACUUGUCAAUAAAGGCACGGUGUUUACGUUCGACCACGGCACAGAACUUGGUUUACAGCAACUUGGCGAUGGAGGCAUCACCGUCAACUUUUGGAAGGUCCGCGACGAGAAUUGGAGAGAAGCCUGCAAGUACGACGUGACUAGCAAUGAAGCAGCUCGCGAGGCGAUCCUUGCAGAUAUGCCAGGCUGGCAUGCAACAUUACGAGAAGCAGUUACGAAAGCCACGGCUGCGUGUCAAGGGCGGUCAUUAUACAUGCUCCCCGUUGGUACGAAGUGGCAGCAUAAGAAGGGCGUGACACUGAUUGGCGAUGCAGCGCAUUUGAUGCUUCAUUGCGCUGGGGAGGGCGUUAAUCUGGCGUUUCAAGAUGCGAGAAUGUUAGCUAGGGCGAUUAUACGGGCAUCGAAAGAGGGAGAGGGUUCUCUUGAUAGACAUGUUAUCAAGUUUGAGGAGGACAUGUUUGCGAGGGCUGCCAAAGCGCAAGAGAUGACGGAUCAGAUGAGGAUUGCUAGCUUUUUUACGCCGGAUGCGCCGAGGGGGAGUUUGCCGGGCUGGAUUUUGGCGAGGGCAAAGUAUGACGUGCAUUUUUUGGUGUACCCUUUGGCGUUUACUUGGUUUCAUGUGUUUUAUUUCUUUUACAAGAUGUUGAACCGGUAG